GAUUUGAACAAGUACAUACGUAGUGAAGUCAAUGGAGAAAGAGAACUUCAAAUUAUUCAAUCCAUAAUUGGUUAUGCCUUGGAAAGGGAGGAGUUGAGAGAUGAAGUCUUUGUGCAGUGCAUGCGACAAGCUACAAAUAACCCCAGUUCAGAAGGGACUGAAAGGGUUUGGCUCCUGUUGUGUUUAUGUGUGGUAUCUUUUCAACCUUCCAAGCUUUUGUUUCGAUACUUCUUGUCAUUCCUUAAAAAAAAUCUUUCUCAACCAGGACGAAUAAGUCAAUAUGUGCAGUGGUGUUUGGAUAAUUGUAACAACAAUAAAAUUACUGUUAGGGAACAUCCACCAUCUUCUGUAGAAGUAGCUGCUAUGAAGAGGUUGGGAACAAUCGUAUGUAGAUUUUUCUUUCUCGAUGGUAGGACUAAAGCUAUUGAUGUUCACCCAACGGACACAGCAGGAGAUGCUGCUAAAAAAUUGGCAGAACGUUUGGGAUUGAGACAUUUGGAUGGAUGGGCCAUCUAUCAAAGUAGACCUGAUGGUGAAGAACAUGUGAGAGCUCAUCAUUAUUUAUAUGAUAUAAUUGCACGAUGGGAAUUAAAUCAAAAUAAAUUGAUGCCUCACGGCGGAUUAGUUUCGCUCGCUAGAAAAAGUGGUCAAGCAGUGAGUGGUGGAGAGAAUAGAUUUAUUUUCAAGAGAAGACUAUUUAAAUCAAGUCGUGAACUCAGUCAAGACCCAGUUGAGAUCAAUUUGCUUUAUGCUCAAGCUGUACACAGCAUUGUGAAAUGUGAUGACUUUCCUGUGACAGAAAAGGUGGCUUUACAGUUAGCUGGUUUACAAGCACAAGUAGCUUUAGGAAAUCCCAAAGAUAAUAACAAACUGGAAUACUAUACAGACAUUGAUACGUUUCUCCCUUAUAGGAUUAGUCGAACUAGAGGUGAUGAUGUGUGGAUUCCCAUAAUUGCUCAAGCUCAUCGGCAGUAUGGAGCAAAUCGAACAGAACUGACGGCUAAAGCUCUCUACUUGUCCUGUGUAAUGCAAUAUCCCCUAUAUGGAACUACAAUGUUUUCAGUCACUUAUCGGGGUUAUUGGUCAUAUGGAAAUGCUUUGACUUUAGGAGUUAACUGUGAAGGUAUAAUGUUGAUAAAAAAUGACGACAAAUUCAUAUUGAACGAAUUUCACUAUCAAGAUGUUGAAAGCAUACUUUUAGAUCCAAGUGACAGUUUUAUAACAAUAACCCUCCAAAGAUAUCUCAGUGACAGUAACCAUAAAUGUUAUGUUUUUGAAACUGCACAGAAAAAUGAAAUUGGAUCUUUGAUUGCCAGUUAUUGGCCUUCCUUGGCCCGUUGGCUUACAGAAAGCGAAACUCCAUUGAAAAAAGUGAAAUCAAUCACAAAUGAAGAUCGUGUCAGACUUUAUCAUAAUUUAGUCAACUGCAGGAGAGCCUUAGUGGACCAUGACAUUUUGAGAAAACCUCUUGAUACAUCAGGAAGUUUUCUUAGGAACACCCUUCGCAGGUUAAGUAAACAUAAACUAGACAAGUUACGCCAAGAGCAUGGAGGAGAUACUGGUGAAACUUACAAAGGUUUUCACUAUGCUUUCUGGGCUUUUAGUCGGCAGCAAUUAACACAAAGUAUAAGUAGAAUACCCGAAGCUGAUGAACAGGUUAUGUUGCAGGUUUUCCAGAUUAUUUUAACUUACGCUGGAUUAGGGCAAAAUGGGGAAAAUAUCAGAAGAGUAGAAGAUGAACAUAUUUCUUUAUUGCAGACAAUUCUUGAGAGAUGCAUGCGAAAAGAAUCUUUACUAUGUGAACUAUAUUUACAAUUGGUGAAGCAAACAACAGAUCACCCUGAUCCAAACUCUAGAGUUAAUCUACGUCAUUGGGCUCUUUUGUCACUUGCAUGCUCAGUCGUUUUGCCCCCAAAUAAGGCAAUUCGUAGAUAUCUAAUUUCUCAUUUGAAACGGUGCAGUUCUGAUUUUGUUACUGAAGAAGGAAAAUAUGCCAGGUUUGCAGAAAAAUGUUUAGGAAAAACUCAAGGAACCAGGAGGAGACAGUGGCCUCCUUCCAGGGAGGAAAUUUUAUGUACGAUAAACAGGAGACCAGUUUAUGCAAGAUUCCAUUUUAUGGAUGGACAGUAUCAUUCUGUUGAGUUUCAUCCCUCUGCUACAGCCAGAGAUGUUCUUGAAGUAGUGAAGAAUAAAAUUGGACUAUAUCAAGACGCCAAAG